AUGGAAGACCAGAAAUGCAGAUUGUCGCCGACCACAUUGACGAUUUUCAUUCUCUGUCUCAUUUACAUUCUAAGCAUUUCCCCUGCUAAUGUUGCUAUUGCAGUAGCUGAUACAACAAGCGCAUUGUCAACUUAUAUUAUCCAAGUACGAAGGCCAACGGACAAACAUUUCUCUACUUCAGAGGAUCUCGAUACUUUGUAUCGGACAGUUUUACCUACAACAGCAACCAGCUCUAACCAAGAGCAAAGAAUGGUUCACUCAUACCGACAUGUGAUAUCCGGGUUCGCGGCCAAAUUGACGGCCGAGGAAGCUAAAGCUAUUAGGGAGAAGGACGGUGUUUUGUAUGUGCGUCCGGCGAAGGCGCUCUCUCUACACACAACUCACACCCCCGACUUCUUGGGAUUGCACCAAGGAGUCGGGCUCUGGAAGGACUCGAACCUCGGUAAGGGCGUGAUUAUCGGAGUAUUGGACACGGGGAUUUUCCCCGACCAUGCUUCCUUCAGAGACGAGGGGAUGCCUCCGCCCCCCGCCAAAUGGAAGGGCAGGUGCGACUUCAACGGCACGUCCUGCAACAACAAGCUCAUUGGUGCAAGGUCUUUCAUGGGCGACAAUCCGCCAUAUGAUGGUGUGGGCCAUGGCACACACGCUUCCAGCACAGCUGCCGGUGCUUUUGUGAGGGAUGCUAGCGCGCUCGGUAAUGCCAAAGGCACGGCCAUAGGCAUGGCGCCUCUUGCGCAUUUGGCAAUUUACCAGGUUUGCGAUGGUAUCGAGUGCAUAGAAAGCAGCAUAUUAGCUGCGUUCGACGCAGCCAUCGAGGACGGUGUCGAUGUGCUUUCCCUCUCUUUAGGAGGAACUUCCCAACCGUUCUUCGCCGACUCUCUUGCGGUGGGUGCAUUUGCCGCCACCCAAAAGGGCAUUUUUGUCAGCUGCUCGGCGGGGAAUGACGGGCCAAUCAACAGCACAAUGUCAAACGAGGCACCUUGGAUUCUCACUGUUGGAGCGAGCAGCAUCGACCGCAGCAUAAAGGCCACGGCGCGGCUCGGAAACGGGCUGGAGUUCGAUGGGGAGACCUUGUACCAACCGCACGACUUCCAUCCGGCACUACUGCCCCUUGUUUAUCCGGGAGCAAAUGGAGAUAUAGACUCGGCCCACUGCACUCCCGGAACACUAAUAGAUCGCUCGGAUCUCCGUGGAAAAGUGGUUGUAUGCGACUUAGGAAGUGUGCCAAUCGCGCAAGGUCAAGAGGUCAAGGAUGCAGGUGGCGCGGCCAUGAUCCUCGUGAACAGUCCCAUUGAGGGAUACACCACAUCUGCCGAUGAGCAUGUCCUACCCGCCGUCAAUGUGAGAUAUGUUGCAGGAAGAGAGAUCAAGAGCUACCUACGCAUGGCGUCAGUGCCGAUGGCCACCAUCCUAUUCAAAGGCACUCACAUCAGGAGAUCGGUCGCCCCAGCUGUAGCGUACUUCUCUUCCCGUGGCCCCAGCAUCCAAAGCCCAGGCAUCCUCAAGCCGGACAUCAUCGGCCCGGGCGUGAACAUUCUCGCCAGUUGGCCAUUUCCUUUAGACAAUUCUGCGGACAAGAAGCACGCAUUCAACGUGAUAUCCGGGACCUCCAUGGCCUGCCCCCACCUCAGUGGUGUGGCGGCACUGCUCAAGAGUGCGCACCCCGACUGGUCGCCAGCAGCCAUCAAGUCCGCCAUCAUGACCACUGCCGCCACUUCCAACAUGGAGGGCCGACCCAUCGUGGAUCAGACGCUCCAUACAGCGGACAUUUUCACCACCGGCGCAGGACACAUCAACCCAUCAAAGGCCGUCGACCCGGGUCUCAUUUACGACAUCGGACCAGGAGAUUACGUUCCUUAUUUUUGUGGGCUCAACUACUCCGACUCCGACAUCGAGCUCAUAGUUAAGAAAAAAGUCACAUGCUCGAGCAUAAGGAGCAUACCCGAUUACCAGCUCAAUUAUCCAUCGAUCAGCGUGAGGUUCGAGGGUUCGGUGACAAAGGUGAGUGUGACGAGGACGGUGAGAAACGUUGGACCUGCAAAGUCGCAUUACAAGUUGGUCAUCGACCCCAUCAUGGAUCAUGACUCAAUUAGCGUGUACCCGCGUGAGCUGGUGUUCACAAAGGCGAACCAGACAGCGAGUUACAAGGUUGACUUUUCAAGGAAAGCAAAGCCGGCGACGCCAUUUGCUCAGGGGGCAAUCACGUGGGUCUCUACUCAGCAUUCGGUUCGAACCCCGGUCGCUUUUGUGUUUGAGUAA